ACACGUUUUUUCCUCUUUCCAAUCUGCAGGAAGCCUUUAAAUAAUAGCAUUACUGUACUUCCCAAAGCCGCUCAGGGAAACCCCGUCCCCGAGUGCCACCAGCGGCUCCAGCUCCCGCUGUGUGUCCCAGAGCAGCACGGGGAGAUGCCCCAGGAGAUAACUGCGGGCUCGGCUUGGGGCCGGGCUGGGCACUCGGGGCUCUGAGAUAAGCCCGACCCCGCUGAGCCGGGCUGCGGGCACGGACAGGAACCGGGGCUCGGCCGCAGCUGCAGCGUUUCCUGUUCCACUGAGAGCAGGAGAGCACAGGAUGAGCUGCUUGGCAUGAGGAGGCAGCUGGGGCGUGCUCCUGCCCUGUGACACCCGGCUGGGCACGGCACCCCAGGGGCAGGACAGGAGCCUGGCACCAGGGCAGAGGCCCCGAGGGGACAGGGCCACCAUGCCCAGGAGGGCACGGCCGCGCCCGGGCGAGAGCGACGAGGAGAGGAGCGAGCGGCGGCAGGAGGCGCGGGAGCGGCUGCGGGGCAGGGUCAAUGCCACCUGCUGCAGGGCCAGUGUCACCUGCUGCCGCCCCCCGGGGCCGCCCACGGCCACCAGCCCCCGCCAGGCUGAGUUCCUCCGGAGGAGAAACCUGGCGGCCGAGGCCGGGGAGAGCCGGCCGGGAUGGACACCGCGGGGGAAGAGCAGCCGCGGCCCCUCGGGGGGAUCACCCCCACCCUGCCCCUUUGCCUCCACUGGAACACAGACCCUGCCGAGCCCCAGCUCAGCAGUGACAGACUCGAGCCAGCAGACAGACUGGGGAAUAGCAGUUUUAAAUAAGGAAAUGGUGCAGCUCUCCAACUACCUGAAGGAGGCCCUGCACCGUGAGCUGCUGCUCAAGCAGAAGAUGGUGAUUUUACAGGAGCUCCUGUCCACUCUGCUCCAGGCUUCAGAGAAAUCCUGGCAGGGUCAGCUGAACGAGGACAAACUGAGGUGUAAACUACGGGUGCUGGAAAAUCAGCUGCAGGCCUGCACCCAGACUUACUCAAAGGAGUGUGUGAAGAAGAUCCUGAUAGAGAUGGAGGACCAGAAGCAGACCUAUGAGCAGAAGGCAAAAGAGGCUCUGCAAAAGAUGCUGGAGGACAAACUCCUAACAGAGCAGCAGCUGCAGAACUCUCAGAGAAGCCUGGCAGAGAUGCGAGAGGACCUCGCCCUCUGGAAGGAGCACCACGCCGCACUCAAAGCCGAACUGACCAAGGAGACCACGGCACACACCGAGCUCAGAAACAGCUUCCAGGCUUUACAGAGUGAGCUCCAGCGAGCGGACGCGCAGAGCGAGCGGCUGAGCCGGGAGCUGCGGGCGCUGCGGGACGAGCGCACGGAGCUGCUGCAGCGAGCCAGCGCCCUGCGCAGCGACAACGACCGCCAGGCCGGCCACAUCCGCCACAUCCAAGAUAAACUGCAAAAAGAACAAGAGCAGAAAGUAACACUGGAGGCAACAAUCAGCUAUUUGCAGAACUUGAUCCACAACCUGGACAACCAACAGAAGAGCCAGGAGGUGAAGGUGCAAAGGACAGACCAGGUUUUCACCACACAGACCCCACCUCUCACUCCUGCCAAGGAAAAACAAAACGCUCUGUCAGAGCACCCCGAGGAGGAGGAGGAGGAGGAGGGAACAGAAAGUCUGAAGGAUGAGAUGCAGAAAAGGACAUCCCAGCUCACAGCAAAGGAGAACGAGGUACCCGAGGAUGCUCGGCAGAGCCGUGCCCAGCUGCGGGUGAAGCGCUGCAGCCACUGCAGCAGCCCAGCUGCUCUGGGGGCACACAGAGCCCAGGGGACCCCUCCUGCUGAGAGCCCCUCGCUGUGCUUGCAGUGCUCGGAGCUGCGCUCGGAGCUGGAGGCGCUGAGCCAGGAGUACCAGUCGUGCCUGACCCGGCUGCGCCAGUGCCGCGACGAGCUCAACCGCUCCCAUGGCAGCCAGGCUCAGGCUUCUCCUGGCAGAGACAGCGCGGUCCCUGGAUCCCUCUCCUGGUGGCAGUGGCAGCAGUGGCCAUCGCCGCCUUCCUGGUGACUUACAGGCUGUGAAGGAGCUCCUUGAUGACUGACUUCACUGCAGGAACUGACCUCUGCUUCACCAAAAGCAAGCUGACCUCACCUCACCUCACCUCACCUCACCUCACCUCACCUCACCUCACCGUCUGCUGUUUUGUGUGUGCACGUUGGGUUCGUAUCCCGAGCUGGUGUCACUCCAGCUGGCUCCUGUGAACACAGGGACAUCACCCCUUCCCUCAGCUGCUGGUGUCACUCCAGCCAGCUCCCACGAACACAGGGACAUCACCCUUUCCCUCGGCUGCUGUGGUUGCUCUCUUCCUGCCAAAGGCUGCCCUUCCCAGCCCCUGUGCCCGCCGCUGCUGUGGCUCGCACAGGGCGAGAGGAACAGGCAUCCUGUGCCCUUGGCAUCCAGCCUGCCUGGGGUUUAUACCUCCGAGUUGUCCUCCUGUAUUUAUUGCCUCCCUAAAUAGGAGGCACUCAAUCCUGGGCCACCUCUACUCUUACCUGACAAAGGCACCCAGCUCAGGGGGGCUCCUCAGCAUGGUCCCCUCUAUCCCACUCCUCCAGCCUCCCUUGUGGCCGAGCAUCCCCACAGCCACACCUGCUUCCCCUUCACUGCCAGCACCACAAGAAUUCACCAGAGACAGGGGUUUAAAGUGCCUUUUGCAGCUGCACCGUGCAGGUUUUACAGCAGCACUUGCCCAUCGUUCAUGUGCAGGCUCAGACACAAUGCAGGCCGUGACACCACCUCACAUAGGAAGAAAAUAUACCUGAAAUAUACACAUAAUACCACAUAGUAAACACACCUGGCACCUACAAUAAACUUCACUAAUUCAAA